UCCUGUCUCUCUCUCUCGCUCUCUCUCUCUCUUUGUCUCUCAGACAUCAAUGGAGGGCAGCAAGCGUCUAUUUUCAGCACUGUUCGUUCUCAUGCUGCUGCUUGUGGCUACUGAAGAGAUGGGGCCAAGAGUUGCAGAGGCAAGGACUUGUGAGUCUCAGAGCCAUCGCUUCAAGGGUUCAUGCUUCCGAAAGAGCAAUUGUGGCGCUGUUUGCCAGACAGAGGGCUUUCAUGGUGGUCACUGCCGAGGCUUCCGCCGACGAUGUUUUUGCACUAAACAUUGUUAGUGAAGGAGAUUUCAUGGAGAGGUUAUCGAUCUAACAAUGGUGUUGUUUUGCAAACCAAUAAAAUCUUGGAACUGUCCGGUGUGUCUAUCAAUAAAAUUGCAGUGUGUGUGAUGUU